AUGUCAAACAACACGAUCACCCCUCGUGGCCGACGCGUGCCACGGGCCUCGGUCGAAGCUCAAGCUCAAACCCGAACAGGCCGCUCCUCCAACUUGCCUACGCCUCGACCGACCAACCGCAACAAACCGACUCGUAGUCGUGGUCGUGCAUGGAGGAAGAGUCUCAUGGGACCGGGCCGUGGCGCUCGUUCGAGGACGCUGGAUGCACGUCAACAAGCCGUGGCGAUGCCGACCCAGAUCGCUUUGCAGGCUUUGUUGGAUAUGGGCAAGCGCCAAGACACGAAUGCGGGGUCCAAGACUAGGAUGGUAUUGAGUGAACAGGAUGUAAAGGAUUACAAUGCCUUCAAAGGUGAGCGGUCUUGGAAGCGCGCCGCGAGCGACCACGGGGUCACGUGGCCAGAAGCUGGGUGUAUGCAUGUCGAACUGACCCUUCUCUCUGUCCUCGAUUCCACCUUGGCUCAGGUGUCAAGGAAGCGUAUCUGUCUACUGCACCCUUCCUCCAACCCGCUGCCCUGAACCCGCAGUACGCGCCGCAGUUGAACGACCCGAGCUCGCCCUUCAACCAACUCAUCCGCCGCGCCAACCUCGUCACCUUCCUCUACCUCGUCUUUUCGAGUGGGCCCGAUUCCGAAGGGCAUCGACGACGAGAUGCAGCGACCAAGUUGACCGAAGCGGCGAUGCACUUCCUUACGCUCGUGGUGCCGAAUGAGACGCAGAUCCAUGAUGGUGUUUUGGCGAUGUUGACGGGGUUGAGGAUCCAGGUGAGGGGCCGAACACUUGAAAACUUGGGUAUCCGUCACCCCCCGCCCAGGUAUGCUGAUUCUAUGAUCUGGUUUGGCUUUGUUUAGACCUACCUCUCGCAUCUUGCGACAAGUCGCGAGCCUUACCCACCUUCCGAAUUCCUCGGUUCACCACUCUCGACCUACCUCUCGCAAGAAAAACUCUUGGACAACCGUUCCGCAGCUAUCCGCUUCACGGCCUUGCAGAACGACGCUUUGGCUGCGAUCGAGUCGACCGAGGCCGAUUUGGAGGUCUUGGAGACGCAGUACAGGUGGAAUGAUUUGGUACAAGAGUUGAGGAACUAUUGCGAGAACGUCGUUGCGGAUGGUUCUUUCAACCUCGAAUCGGGGAGAUCGGACGACGAGUCCGUCGAUGAUGAUGUCGUUACGGAGGAGGAAGAAGAGUCUGCACGUCGAUUGACAAGUUCUGACGCUACGCCGCGCGGGCCUCAAACUCCUCGAGCGACGAUCGUCCCCAAGUCACUCAAGAAGAGCGCCAAGAAAGCUGUGGCGCCCGUGCAGCAGACGACGCAAGAGACGCCGUCUGACGUCGAUGAGUUAUUAUCCGAUUCGGCCCUUGCCAACCUCGAAGUUGCAUCCCAAUCCGACGUCGACUCGCUCGAGGAAGAACACGAAGUCGAAGAAAGGCUGCGCUACUCUUCCGCCGAUGCGGAGACGGCGGACGCGACUGCCACUGAGUCGGAUAGUUAUGAGACAGUCGGGACGGUACAGAGGAGGCACGUACGGGCUUUCCGAGCGUUGGAAGAAGGAUCCGAGAUGUCCCAAACGGCGAGUAUUUAUCAGGAUGGCGAGCUGGGAGAGUCUACCGAGGCGAAAAAGUGAGUCAUAGGAUGUGGGCGGCGCUUUCCAUUUUGAGGGGACUGAUCACAGUUUUUCAAUUUCAGACCGACGAUGGCGGCUCAGAUGCGAGCACUUCAACGCUCUCUCUCCGACGAACCGAGUACUCUCGAAGAAGAAGACAAGGAAGACUCUCUCGGGUGAGUCAGCAUUUGCUACGUGGUCUUUGAGAGGCCCUCUUUGCUGACUCGUAGGUUUUUUGUGGACACUCUAAAGACCCAUGCCGACGCGAGCCAAGGAGAUUUCGUUGUUCUUGAAGGAGUCGACUUCCGAACUCAGCACGCCUGAGACCCAGGCCGAAGAGGAGACUCUCGGGUAAGUCGCCGACGGUUUGUGGCGCUGAAUGAUCCAGUCACUGACCGCGACUGGUUUAUACGAUCACAGCCUCCAUCAAGCUUCGCGAGCCCAAGAUCUUCGACAAGCCAUUGCUGAAUUUAGCGACGAAGACAACGAAGAGGUAGAUGAGCUUGAUUUCAAAGUCGAAGUAGAGGAGCAUGCGUUGUCAAUCGAGACGACUCCUCGGGCUCAACGAAGAGAUGCGAACGACGAUGGAAUGGUCACUCGACUUGCCUUUGGCCAGGGCAAUCAGUUGCAGCGUGUGCCUGUCGACAGCAACGCCGUGUAAGCCCCGGCUCUGCUUCGCACAUUGGGAAGUGAUCUGAUUGGCUUAUUGAUAUUCCUCUGGAUGCAGUGCUCGGUCCCUCCUCGUCCGACAAGCCAAUGCGGAGCGGUUGCGCUUCGACUCACAGGGCGGUGAAGACGAGGACGAAGACGAUCAAGUCAAAUCACCGCGCAAGAAUCAACGUGCCGCGACCACAACCAAGGGCAAGGGCAAGGCUAAAGGAAAAGAAAAGCAAGCGACAUCGCCCCAAGCUGUCGAACAAGGUCGGGGUCAAGUCAGCCGAGGAGGUCUGCGGACCGAGUUGCUUGCCCUUGAGGACGAGGACUCGGAUCGUUCUGCGGAGGAGGAGAGGGAGAGAGAGCGCGGCACGGUGGAGCUCGAGGAGGAAAGGAGUCGAUCUCGUCAAGGUAAUGACAACGACUAUCAAAACGAUCCCUUCAUUGAUGAUCGCGAGUAUGGGGGUGGCAACGAAAGCCUAGAACCGGAAACUUUCCGCGGUUUCGACAAGGAAAGCACGGUUUCGUCACUCGAGGUUCACCAAGUCUCUGGUCGCGAUCGUAAAGGCAAGGGCAAGGAGAGGGCUCGAGAGGAGGAGAAGGAGACGCCAACGGGUACUCCGAUUGUGACUCUUGAUCCGGAUAACGAGUUGACAAUUUAUCUCGAGAAUCGGCGAAGAGAAGUCUUGGACGCUCAAGAUCAGGGCGUUGGCACCUCGUCGGGGUCAAUGCAACGCGCAUCGGGCUCGCAGAAGAAGUCUCGACGGGAUCGACCGGAAGCAUCGGGUAGCGCCGAAGGCUUCGAGACGGACCAAAGCUCCGUCGAUGAUGAGGUUCGACGUAGAAACCGACGUGCCCAACGACAGGUCGUCGAUGACGAAAGCGACGGGGACGACCGACGUCGUCGCCGCAAGGAAGCGGUUGCCGGGCCUAAGCCACCAAGCAAGAAGCAGUCCCGCGUGGAGUCGGACUCGGAUGACUCGGACGAACAGGCGAAUGCUCCAAUGCGCGACUUUCUGAAGGCGACGCACACGCGCAAGCGACCUCAAUACGAAGGCGUCGUGCUCUCCAGUGAUACGAGCGACAGCGACGACAUGCCGCCCGAACCACCUUGGUGCCAUAACGUAAAUACUACAGCCCGAUCGUACAGUGUUCAAAUUUACUAACUUCAUCUGGCCUUGACCGUACGUGGCGGGCGAUACAGAUUUAUCGCCAGAACCGCAACAUCCCGGGUGCCCGCAUUGCAUGGUGAGCCAAGGCCCCGCUCACCCACCCAUACCUUGCGCGCUAACUCUUCGGGUCGUCGACGGGAUCGUGCUCAGGUCUUAUGAAGAGGACAGGUGCCUAACGGAGGCAAUGAGGCACCAUCAAUGCCGCUGGAGUCAAAUCAUGGCGCUGCACGGCCCGCAAGGAACGAUCAAUGACAUUCUCAAGCAUCGCACUUCAAUGUCUCUUAGGGAUCGAGCGGUGAAUCUCAAGGUAAAUCUCGUCAAGCAGCGGUUGAGAGUCCCCAGUUAUCUGAAGCCAGGUGAGACCUUGCUCGCUCCUUCUUGACAGGUGUGUGAGAUCUGGAGCGCUGAUUGAGCUAUGAGUUCCUACAGUCAAUAUUGGGAAGCGAGCAGGUUGAGGGAGUCUGUACUUUUGAUUGAAACUGAGCCCCGAUUCAGUGUUCACUGGGCAUGACUCGAGAGACGGCAAUGAGGAGGCCUGAGCGUUCCAGAGACCGUUCCGCGGACGCCGCCCUCACUGUCCAACCUGCACGAGCCCCUGGCGAACCUACUCGGCGCACGAGCGCUUGAGGCGUGCUGAGCACAGCCGAGGCCAGUUCGUGAUUACGGUGUCCGGCUUGGUAUAUAUGCCUGUUGCUCGUUCGCCUCUUUCCUUCUCAUUCAUUUCCUGCUUCAUCAAUUCGCAUAUCACGAUGCACACCCCUUCCCUCGCGCUCGUCUUGCUUGGUCUAACGUCGGCAGUCAGCGCUAUUGGUGAGACAGCUCGAACCAUGUGUGCAUGUGAAGUGGAACUGACGCGGAUGUGAGCCGAUCACUACACGCCAACUUUUUUCAGCCGUUGGUGAACCCAACCCUGCCACCCCCAAGGCCCAUACUCAGCAGCUCGAGGCGUUCUGUAAAAAGUUUACUACCAGUGUAAGCGCCCGCUUCGAGGCAUCAGAAGGAAGGGAAAAGUCAAUCACUUCUCAGGAAGCUGAAAAUGACCUUUGGCCCCCCUAUCGACAGUGCUGGUCGACGGUGAAGACGAAGAGCGCAGGUUUGCACAGAUGGUACGUUGCAGGCUGCGCUCGUGUCCGACGGCAUGCGUGGUCCGACGUUCUGCAAAAUUUUGCUGAUCGUCUCUCUUUCCACGCUGGCAGCUAUUGGAACAAGAAAGAAGACAGUGUCAAGACCUUUUGUGGAGAAGUCAAAGUCGUGACCGAGGUAAUCAACUCGACUGGCCACGUCAACGCGACCGUUCAGAAGACCGAGCUGCCCAAGGACGGCAAAGUUUCGCUUCCUACGCACCUCGUUCAUGUGCACAAGGAGGUCAGGAAGUUCAAGUUAUUCGACUAUGUAGGGGUAUCCUAUCGGGUUUGGGAGAGGUAUGGAAGCUUGCACUGACGUCGUCUGGUAUUGUAAAUUCGCUUCACAAUCGAAACAGACCCCUAAAGUGCUCAAGCAUCUCAGCGCCAACGCAACCACCCCGACGCGCCAAAUUCUCAAAUACACCAAAGAAGACACGAGAUUUAAGAAUGCUACUCGGGAGAGGUUGGAAGGCCGAGUGGUGCGUGUCAUCAAGGCGCCCAAGCACGCUCUUCGCCCCGAACGCCUUUGGAAAGUUCUAGCUUGA